AUAGAUUGUGCUAUACUAAUGUGAGAAUCCGCAGCUGUAUCCCUUCUAGACGGAGUGACGUCAGCGCGCCCUCUGCUGUUCGGCCGCGGACACCAACGUUUGUCUUAAAGGCACAGCUCACCCAGUCAUUUUAAUUCUGUUGUCAUUUACUGCCUUCUUUAGUUGUUUUACUUGAACACUUAUACGCUUCAUUUUAACUGCUGAACACAACAAAUAUUUAACAUGUACGGUAAAGUACAUGCUCUUAAUCUGUCAUAAACACACAGAAUAUCAGACCGAGCUAAUACACGCAGAUAUUAGUGAAUGAAGGAGAGAGAGCGUCUUCAAAAUCAACAUUAUUUUUUACAAACAAUAUUUAUAUGGAAAAUAAAAAUCAGAGCAUUAAACCAAAUAAUAGGUGCGCGCGCGUUUGUUUGUCUCCAGGCCGCGCGGGGGCGGCAGGACGCAGUGCGCCUGCGCAGAAACACAAGGAAGCACCAUCAGGAAAUAAGACAUGUGUCGCUGCUGGAGAUGGUGAUGGUGGAGAACUCUCCUUCUCCUCUGCCGGAAAGAGCCAUCUACGGCUUUGUGCUGUUCCUGGGCGCUCAGCUGGGCUUCUUGCUGUAUGUGGUCUGGGCGUUUGUUCCUGACUCUUGGCUCCAUGCAGCCGGACUGACCUACUGGCCGCAGAAAUACUGGGCUCUGGCGGGCCCCAUAUACCUGCUGGUGGCCCUGAGCACCUGUUUCGUGCUACUGUUCGGAGUGAAUAUGAUGAACACGGCUCCGCUGGCCUCAGUGGACAACAUCACAGAUGCGUAUGGCAGGAGUCAGCGGGUGGACGAGGACCAGCCGGGAGCGAUCCCCAGACUCCGAGACGUGUCGGUCAGUGAAAUGAGCCGGCUGUUUUACCUGUGAGCCGCCUCUGUCAUCAGCGCUGGAGAGGCGUUUGCAGAGGCGUCUCAGGUGAGCAGAUCCAUCAGGUGUGUGUGACGGCCUGAACUCCGGCUUCCAGAUGACCCCGCCGUGACCUCAGCGACCCCUGUGAAGCCACACCUCAAAACACAUCUGCACUUCAGCAUUUCUCUCAGAUCUCUGAAUCUCACUGUGUGUGUGAGUGUGUGUGUGUGUGAGUGUGAGUGUGUGUGUGUGUCAGACGCUGACCUCACAGUGACCUGCAGUGAAACGGUCACGUCUCUAUCUGACCAUCACGUCCAUCAGUCUGCAGUGAGCGUAAACAGACUGCUGACGCUUCACCUGUGACCCCGUGACCCCUCACACACACACACACACACACACACACACACACACACACACACACACACACACACACACACACGCUGCAUCUGCAGUUAUCAGUGUGUCUCUGCAUCAUUCAGACGUCCUGUUCUUCCCUGAAUAAAUACCCAUCAUCCCAUUGAGUGCCCACAGGUUAUGAAAUGUACACAAGUGAUGUUAUAUUAAUUAUAUUUCUGUAGUUAUUAUGUCGUAUCAUGUAUAAUAAUCAUAUUAUGUCUGCUUUAAUGUGUCGGAUAAUUCUGUAAGUAUAGUUAUUAAUAAACAUCAUCCAGUCUUAAGAAAUUACAGGAAUAAUUUUAGCACAAAUAAUAGUUUAGUGCAUUGAGAUGGCACUGUUAAAGGCGCUGUAUAAAAAUAAAGUUAAUAACUGCCAUAAAUAACUCAAUACUGGCCCAUACUCCAGUGCUUAUAAACCUGUUUCUGUUGAACACAAAAGAAGAUAUUUUGAAAAAUGUUGUAAACCUGUAACCAUUGACUUCUAUAGUAUGAAAAACAAAUGAGUCAGUGCUGUUUAUUAGUUCAGCUUUCAUCAAUAUAUCCUCUUGUGUGUUCAACAGGUGAAACUCCAGUAAAGGCUGAGGAAAUGUGUAUUUUGUCUGUAUAUGACACUUUCUAGCGUCUGGUACACAUUAAAGCUGCAGUACUCCUCUGUUAUUGUGACGCUUGAAUUAAAUUAUUAUAUGUUGUUCAUAUUUG